AUGGCAGCGGCAUAUUCUUUCGCCCAUCCUACAUGGGACAGGCUCUACCCUCCCACCAACGGCGCGACUCAGCGCCCCCCAGAAGGCCCAGAUGCAGUGGCCAGCCAAACCCCUCCGCAGACGGCAGGGCAGCCUGCGAACCCGCCACCCGAAGAUCCUCCGGCAAAUGCAGUGGCUGAGGAGCCUUUGCAGAUCCCGCGAGCCGAUUUGCCACGGCGUGUUUCGGAACUUGCGGCCUUCUGCGAUCCACAGAAAGUGCUGAAGAUGGACUUCUCCGCCUUGCAAGGCGUUUGCAAUGCCGGCGUUUCAGCUGGAUUGAGUGAAGAGGAUCGAGUCAAGGAGCAAAUGAAUGCAAUGGCCAAAGCAAACCACUUCCUCAAUGUCAAUGGCGAAGUUUUGGGCGCAGAGGCCAAAAGCAUGACUACGUUUGCGGCAGCCAUCGGUUGCACCUCAAUGGGCAAGGAUACAACUUGCGCGCAAAUCGUGAACAAGAAAGAUGUGGCCGUGACCGGCAAGGACAUGACCACUGCAGCCAAUGUUCUGAUGACAUCGGUUGUGGAGCCUGUUGCAUCUGGGCAAGAUGCAGAUGAGGACCACUUCACGGUGCAUUUCCACCAGGAGUUGAAGUAUGAGGGCAAGGAUCCGAAAGAGUACCAGAGGACCAUGCACGAAAUCAUGACUGGCAUCCGAAGCGGUGACCCGAAUAAAGGUCACCACAACUUUACGCUGGAACCUGUGAACGUCAUGGUCCGCUCUCGCAGUGGAUGGCCGACAUUUAUAUUGAACACCAUCGGCUUCACCCCACGACCCAAGGAAGCAGAUGGCGUGUUUCAAUCCAUCGACGCGAUGUUGAACGACAGGGCGAAAGCAGGUGGGCCAGGAAGUGGAGUGCUGAUCAUCUGCCAAUCUUGGAUGAAAGCGGAUGAGCCUGGCAUCUGUUGGCCAGAACUUGACGUGAUCAAGAACCGGCAGCAUGAUGCCGCGAACCCGUUCCACAUCAUUGUUGCGCUCACCCAAGGCGAUUUGUAUGAGCCCAUCAAUUUUCAAGCGUGCAAAACCUUCAAAGACGUCUACGACACGAUUUUCUCCAACAUGGACACCAAACUGCCAGGUUGCAACGACAAGUUUCUCGUAACGGGAUGGCGUGAAAACGACCCAUCUGAUGAACCUAACUGUGCCAGCAAACUGGACAAAACCUUGGCAGAAGUUAUUGGCCGCAUCUCGCGUGAGAAGCCUGACGAGCAGCAGUCACCGUGGCUUCGCAUGCUUCGGGAACGAGUGGGGACUGAGAAGCUCAAGCAGCGCUACAAUGACUUGAUGACAGCACAGAGCGAAGUCCUCUUGACAAAUGUGGAAAAGUGGCUGCAUGCAUCACUUGAGACGACGAACGACAUGCUCACGAAGCUUUUUGCGAGGCAGGACAGCAUUUCGGACUGCAGUCUGGGACACAACCUGCUGGAGUUUUGUUUGCAAGUUGAGAAGAUGGCAGAAACUUGUCGCUUAAAUCGUCUGGAUCGCCCAAGCAGUUCGCCCGAUCUGGGGUUGAUCGAGAAGGUAACGGCACGCUCAGCGCAGACUCUUGCAGAAGAGCUGCGCUUCGUGCAGCAAGCCUACGGGGUUCGCCUUUCUGCGAAGAAUGGAGAUCUGGAGCAGGUGAUCCAGGAACUUGAGAACGAAGACUGGUACAUGAACAAAGAAGGGAUGCACGCGCUGUGGCAGCGCACUGCCAGGUUGAAGGACAAUGCCGUGUUGCUAGCCGGUAUGUACGAAAUGCCAGUAAUGAAGCGGGCUGACAUUAUGCGCUUCAUGGCCGCCACCGCUGUGCAGAACACAGCGGAUGCAGAGCACUACAUACAAAUCCGCGUAAUCGGGCACGUCAAGGGCAUCUUUGCCGCUGAGCUUGUGCCUCUACUCUCAGUGUGGCUGGCGCACCACUGCCAUGACAGCUACUCAAUGGCCUUGGAAGUAGUGCUGCAAGAGCAGCAGUUCGAACACCUGCGAAGCAACGGCACAUUCAAAGACAUCAUGAAAGGAGUCCUCAACAGGCUCUAUUACCAUGAUGUUCGCGAGUUUCUCGCGAAUCGAUUCUUGACCCGGUCGCCGGCAUUUCUGGAGAGAACAUGCCUCUCUCGCCAAACACGAAUGUCGUACGUAGUCCACCAACGAAAGCUCCGCCAGUCUGUGGAGACGAUGACGGACGAGCAGCAGAAGGACUUCGUGGCCGCAUACUAUCCCGAGCUAGCACCAAGACCCAAAGCCGGACCUUCCGUGAGCACCGACAGUCCAAGCGCUUCGAUUACGCCGCUGACGCAAGAGGAUGAAUCGUCUCUACUCAAUCAGAACACGGUUCGGCCGUACAAGACGCAGUACCACCUCAGUGUACGUGAGGACGAAGCGCACUAUCUGAACACGACCGCCCAGUUCAUCUUCCAGCAUUUCCUCCACAAGGUCAUCACCCACUUCCUUGAUGACUCGGAAAUUGAGUUGGACCGAAUGUAUUCUGAAAAUUGUUGGUACGAGAACGGCCACCUCUUGUUCAAGUACUUGUACUUUGCUGUGUCGGACGAGGUCCAGGCUCGCACAGCGUGA